UACAUUUCGCAUGCGCCUAAAUGGAGGCAUGCACGCAUAUGACCUCCACUUUAUCAUCUUAUGCAACAUCUUUUACGAUUACUGGUUGUCUGAGUAUGGUAAUCCUGGUAUCCUGUUAUCUGCUGCCAUUCAACAAACCUUCGAAGUGCUCUUUCCACCUGCCUGCCACCUUUGCUUUGUCUGCCAGCAAAUUUCCUUCCCGCGUCAUUGCACGUGGCGGGUACUGGUCUGCCGUAAUUCCAGGGCUGUUACACAUGGCGCGGAUUUUGCGUUUUUCGCGGUGUUUGCGUUUCGCGCGGAUUUCGCGCGUUUUUUGUCAAUUUCGGCGCGGAUUUUGCGGAAAUAGUUUUCAAAUGCACUUACAUUCAAUAUUUAGACAUCAGGCUCAACACAAUCAAAAAAAAAAAUGAACAUUUUCAAAUUAGAGUUAUGGGGCUGAGCUUUCUUGGUGAUACUGAAAGCUGUUUUUAUGGAAUUUGUAAAACCGGAACUAUUGGAGAAACAUUUGGUUGAAUUUUGUAGUCAAUUUCAAUAGAAUCUCGUAAAGAAAAUCAUUGGAUUUGUUAACUGUAUGUGUCGUGAGAAAUCAAUCUGAUUUCUGACACAGCAUGUCGUGAAAAUUCAGAUAUUCCUGAAAAAAUGUACAGACUACAGGUAAGAAGUCCUGAAGAUUUUUUUGAUUGCUAUCUUAGAAAAUUCCAUGGAAAAAGCUUUGGAAAAAUUCUAGCGAUUUUUUUUUAAACAUGCAGGACUUUUUUCAUUCAUUAUUGAUAAGUUGAACGGAAUUCACGAAAUUCCCGAAUCAGUUUUUUGUGGAAUUUAUGUCGAAUCGAUUGAUUUUUUGCUAAAAUUUUAAUAGAAUUAUUCUAAAAAAACGUAAACUUCUGUUGUAAAAUUUCUCUUUGAUUUCUAGUUGGAGCACUCGUUGUGAGAGGAGUUGCGGUUGUUAAUAAGUUAUCAAAGGGUUUUUUUUGGUAGAAUUUUUGGAGGAUGUUUUUGCAGAAUACUUGAAGAAAUCGUUAAAGCUUUCAGAAUUCUAAGACUGAAGACAUUCUACACUGAGGCAAAAAUUUCUUAAGAAAUUCAUUACAGCGGUCUUAUGAAAAAUCUCAUAAGAAGGGUCUUGUCAAAAUCAUCAUAUAUCUUAUGAAACGUUGAUCCCGAAAAACCAAACUUAUUAUUGCACUCCAACCAUUCCAACUUUCGAAGCGUCGAUGGGCGCGUGAGUAAAGCACGCGUUCUCCGAUCUCGACGUCCCUGGUUCGAUCCAGGUUGCGAUUUUGUUUUAUAUUUGUUGAGGUAUCAAUUUCCUACCCCUACGUUGGAGCUGCUCUUAACGUGUGCGCCGGCUCUGUCAACAUCAUACCGCCAACGCGCGUUCUUGUUUGGACACGUCAUUCCUAAAGCAGUGAUCGAGCAGUAAAGACAUGUUUACUUUUGCUUUUCUGAAUAAAGUUAUUUGUUAGUUUUCGUUCGUAAACUACUUGUGUAUUAAUAAUUCCGGUUGAUUGUCCCGUUUUCUCAUAAGGUUAUGGUCCCGGUGAAUCGCGAAUAGUAAAAAUUCGAGAAAAUGGAGAAGGACGAUUUCGUGCGCGUUCCGUUGUUCGAUGGUUCUAACUAUCCGGCGUGGAAGUACCGGAUGCUGGUUGUGCUGGAAGAGCACGAGUUAACCGAGUGCAUCAGUCGGGAAAUCGCGGAAGUGGAGGAACUGAAAAUCGAAGUGAGUGAUACUGCUGAUGUCCGGGCGGAUAAGAAGAAGCAGUGUGAAGUGCGGAAGAAGAAAGAUCGUCGAUGCAAAUCUCUGUUGAUUUCUCGGAUUCACGACAAUCAGCUGGAAUACGUCCAGGAUCAGCCGACGCCGAAAGCUAUUUGGUCGGCGUUGCAGAGGGUGUUCGAACGGAAGAGCAUAGCUAGCCGUUUGCACCUGAAGAGAAAAAUGCUGACACUCCGUCACGAGAGGGGAAGUUUGCAGGAGCAUUUCCUCGUGUUUGAUAAAAUCGUGCGGGAGUACAAAAGCACCGGAGCUCAGAUUGACGAUCUGGAUGUUGUUUGCCAUCUUCUGUUGACGUUGGGGCCGGCUUUCGCAACUGUCGUGACGGCGUUGGAAACAAUGCCGGAGGAGAAUUUGACGAUCGAAUUCGUUAAAUGCCGUCUGCUUGAUGAGGAGAUCAAGCAGAAAAGUGGGGGCGUGGAAGCGAGUCUGCCGGCUGCCGGUGAUUCGGCGGCGUUUUCCGGAGCGAGUAAGAAGAAACCCGGACAGCAUCAGAAGAAACAGUUCAAGUGUUUUGGUUGCCACAAAGAGGGACAUAAAUUGUCCGAGUGCCCGGAGAAGAAAAAUAAGGGGUCGAAGAAAAGUAGUGCUCAUUUGGGGGAAGAAAAUGGUGUGUGUUUUGCUGGUGCAAGGAAGCUCUCGAGCCGUGAGGUUGGGUGGAUCGUUGGUUCGGGUUCGUCGGAGCACUUGACAAACGACAAGAGUUUGUUCAAGCAGCUUACGCCGAUGAAGUGCCCGAUGCAGAUCGCAGUAGCCAAGGAAGGAGAAUGCAUCGUCGCAAAGCAACAUGGUGAGAUAAAACUUUACUCCCAAGUGAACGGUAAGUCGAUUCCGAUUACAUUGAAAAACGUUCUGUACAUUCCCGAAGCGAGAGUAAAUCUUCUAUCAGUGAGAAAGAUGGAGAUGGCCGGAUUGAAAGUGAUGUUCGCGGACGGUAAAGUGUCGAUUGAACGAGAAUCCGGUGCAGUCGCGGUGGGUAAUCGGCGUGGUAAAUUAUAUGAACUGGACUUGUACCGCGAAAGUGUGCCUGAAGAAUCGUCGCAUUACUCUUGUGGGCGGAUACCGAAAGGGCUUGAGAUUUGGCAUCGUCGGUACGGCCAUUUGAGUGGAAAGAACUUGAAACUCUUAAUGCGUAAUGAGAUGGUGAUCGGUAUGAAAGCGAAGAUCGAUGGGAAAUUCGCGGACGAAAUCGUGUGUGAGCCUUGCAUUGUCGGUAAGCAAUCACGGAAACCAUUUUCGGUCGGUGAAGAGCGUCGAUCGACGCGAGUGCUAGAGCUCAUACAUUCGGACGUUUGCGGCCCGGUGACACCAGUGGGCGUCGAUGGUGAAAAGUAUUUUGUGACUUUUAUUGACGACUGGAGUCGUUUCACCGUCGUGUGCUUGAUCAGUUCGAAAGAUCAAGUAGUGGACGUUUUUCGCGAGUAUGAAGCCAUAGUGUCCGCGAAGUUCGGAAGAAGUAUUUCGCGUUUUCGUUGCGACAACGGUACGGAGUACAAGAAUCGUGCUUUCCUGCAAUUUUGCAAAGAGAAAGGUGUGCAAAUCGAGUGGACGGUUCCGUAUACGCCGGAGCAAAACGGUACCAGCGAGCGCAUGAACAGAACGCUUGUAGAGAAGACGCGGUCAAUGCUGCAAGAUUCUGGGGUGAGUAGCGAGCUGUGGGGUACCGCGGUUCAGACGGCGGCGUUCUUGGCGAACCGCAGUCCAGCCAGUGCAAUCGGCGAGAAGAAAACACCCUUCGAAAUGUGGGAAGGAAAGAAGCCAAACGUUGAAAAACUUCGCGUUUUCGGAUCGAAAGUUUUUGUGCACAUUCCGAAGGAGCUUCGGAAGAAACUCGAUGGGAAAUCGUGGAAAGGAGUUUUCGUCGGCUACUCGAAUAACGGAUAUCGAGUAUGGGAUCCAAGGCGGAAGCAGAUCGUGGUGGCACGAGACGUGAUUUUUGUCGAGGAAAGUGGUGCAAGGCAAGAGGAUCCGGAAAGCAGUGUAGGUGACAGUGGCAUCGUGCGAGUUCCUGUAUGUUCCGAAGAAUCGGAUGCUAGCGAGGAUGAAAGAGAAGCAGCAGCAGAUCCGGCGAGUGAACAUGAAGAUGAAGAAGAACAAAGUGAUUUGGAACAAGAUGAAGAAAAUAACGAUGCAGAGUACGAAAGUUGUGGUGAUGAUACGCUUCGUGAAGAAUCAUCGCAAGAAGUGAGUGAAGAAGCGGGAAGCGACCAACGGCCGCGGCGAAAUCGCCACGCACCUUCUUGGCACAGUGAUUAUGAUAUGAACAUUACCGGAUACGCAUUGAACGCUACAAGCUACGUGGAGAAUUUGCCUAGUACGUUGCGUGAGAUGCGAGAGCGAGCGGAUUGGCUGAAAUGGAAGGCAGCUGUUCGUGAAGAGAUCGAUGCACUGGAGCGGAAUAAUACGUGGACACUGGUGAAACUUCCAGAAGGGCGUACCCCGAUAUCCUGUAAGUGGGUGUUCCGGGUGAAGAGAAGUGAAAACGGCGAAGAAGAUCGGUACAAGGCAAGACUUGUAGCACGGGGGUUUACGCAGCGACACGGAUUCGAUUAUUCCGAAACGUAUUCUCCGGUGGCAAAGCUGGACACGCUUCGUGCAGUUUUGGCCAUCGCAAAUAAAGAAAAGAUGACGGUCCACCAGAUGGACGUGAAAUCUGCCUUUCUGAACGGGUCGAUAUCGGAAGAAAUCUACAUGACCCAACCGGAAGGACAUGAGAAAGGUAAGAACCUAGUGUGUAAACUGAAUAAGUCGCUCUAUGGACUAAAGCAAGCGUCAAGAGCAUGGAAUGAACGUUUCCAUAGCUUUGUGGAAAGACUUGGAUUCCGUCGAAGCACAAGUGAUCAGUGUUUGUAUGUUAAGGGCACGGGACAGAAUCAAGUGUUCCUUGUUCUAUAUGUGGAUGAUGUUUUGCUCAUUGGACGACAUUUGAAACUUGUUGAAGUUGUGAAGAAGUGCCUUUCAACGGAGUUCGAAAUGACUGAUGUGGGGGAAGUGAACUGUUUUCUUGGCAUGAAAAUCGAACGAAAUGGUGAGAAAAGGGAGCUGAGAAUUUCUCAGCGAAGUUUCCUUGAAGGACUUUUGAAACGGUUCAACAUGAGUGAUUGCAAGCCUAUAUCAACACCGAUGGAGUGCAGGUUGCGGCUGAAGAAAGGAGAAGAAUCGAUGCGGACGGACAAACCGUAUCGAGAAUUGGUUGGAUGUUUAAUGUACGUCACAUUGACAUCACGACCAGACCUGUGUGCGGCUGUAAAUUAUUUCAGUCAAUUUCAAAGUUGCCCUACGGAAGAACAUUGGGUGCAUUUGAAGCGCAUUCUGCGAUACGUACGCGGUACUAUAGAUCUCGGGCUGGUAUUUCGAGGAGACGAUAAAUCGCCGGCAAUGGAAGCAUACUCAGACGCAGACUGGGCCAACGACCUUGUAGAUCGACGAUCGUUGACAGGAUCUGUUUUUCGCGUGCACGGAUGCACGGUCAGUUGGUUAACAAGGAAACAACCAACGGUCUCUCUAUCGUCUACCGAGGCAGAGCUUAUUGCUUUGUGUGUCACCGUCUGCCACGGUAUCUGGAUGGCUCGUUUGUUGAAGGAACUAGGAGUGAAGUUUGAAGAACCAAUCAUCUACUACGAAGACAAUCAGUCAACCAUUCGAGUCGUGGAGGAUGAACGAGAUGUCGGAAGAUUGAAGCAUAUUGACGUAAAAUUCCGAUUUGUGCGGGAACUGAUUCAGCGAGGGCAGGUAGCAGUACAAUAUGUUCCAAGCGCAAAUCAGCUUGCAGACGUUAUGACAAAAGGAUUACCGAGUAAGGCGUUUCUGCAGCAUCGUACCAAUUUGGGUUUGAACCUCAAACCCGCUGCCCCAUCUCCCUCCACGGUACUGCAGUCCUCCUCGGUUAGCUCCUCGUCCGUGUUUGGCUCGUCGUCGGUCCUGUCGCCAUCGCCAAUCGCGGGACGAGGGGCUUCGGCUUCACCAGUUGCCGCCGGUCGAGGUAUCGGAGCAUCCCCGCUACCAAUCCUACUAGGUGCUCCCAGCACCACCACCAACACCAGCAGAGUAUUAACGGCUUCACCGACAACAGCGCUUGGGUCGACGGCGCUCUCCGUUACGCCCACCAAUGUGGCCGCCACCUCAAAGACUCCCACCAUUUCGGCGGUGGACUUCGUGGAAGAUCCGUUCAAGGAUUACCGCUACGAGGAUCCCUUCAACAUCGAGGACCCGUUUGCCGAUGAUGACGCGACAACCAGCUCUGAAGAUCCAUUCUCCUCCGAUUCGAAUACCCUGAACAACAACGGCAGUCUUAGUCGGGACCCCAAGCAGUCAGCCAGCAAAACGACCACCAACCAGUUGGACGACCUUUUUGGGGAUGCCCAGAACAACAACUUCGGAGCAUUUGGAACGGGUUUUACGUCGUCGUUGUCCUCUGGCACCAAGAAGUCAUCUGCCGCCGAUCCGUUCGAUGCAUUUAACGAUAAUUUUAGCAAAAAUUCCGCCACCGACGACAAGGUGGACACCAAGCAGGACCUUCUGUUCCGGGCAUUUGGAUCGACCGAGGCUAAAAGUGCUACCACGGACGAUGAUGCAUUUUUCGGGGCCGCGGCCAAGGCCAGUCCGUUCGAGGAUGACGAAUUCUCCCGGAUGGACGACGGAUUCGGCAAGCUGGACAUUUCCAAUAACAACAACAGCAAGUUUGGAUCGGCGACGACAACGACGACUUCGUCGAACGAUUUCGCUAACUUCGAUGUGUUUAGCAACAUUAGCCAGAACUUCAAGAGUCAUGGCCUGGCGACGACGGAUAGCUGGAAACGUGGGGCCACCAAGAAGACGGUGGCGACCAGUGGGUUUGGAGAUGAUUUUCCACUGUCCAAAAAGGGCGUCAAUUUGCCGACCAAGUUCUCCGAAGACUACUCGCGGGACGACGAUUUCGGAGCGGAUCUGGAAGCGGUGCUGGAGCGGUCGAAACUCGAGAAAUAA